UUUAUAGAUUAAACAUUUUCCCAGAAGGUAAAUUAAAGAGAAAAGUAAGGAAAAAAAUGAGUUCACUCGUGAAUCCGUUGAGUUCGUCGUUCGCCAUGUCCGAAGAAGAAGAGGCAUUCGGCUAUGCUAUGUAUUUACGAUGCAGCGGUAUAUUUCCUUACGUUUUGGAUGCCGCAAUCCAACUCGGUGUUUUCGAUAUAUUAGCGAAAGCAGGUCCCCAUGCCAAGCUUUCUUCCAACCACAUCGCUUCUGAGAUUGGCACGAAGAAUCCCGACGCCGCUUCCCUUCUCGAUCGCAUGCUUAAGCUCCUUGCCUGCUAUAAUUUAGUCACCGGCGCCAGUUAUGGAGAAGAUGGUGAAAGACUCUAUGAGCUUACUUUGGCCGGUAAAAUUUUUGUUAAUGACGAAAAUAGGGGAACUUUGGCAUUGGAUGCAUUUUCUAUGAAAAAGAUCCAGGUUGAUGUCUGGUCACGCUUGAAAGAUCUUGUCCUUGAAGGUGGCAAUCUGUUUGAGAAAGUGCAUGGCAUGCCCUUUUAUCAAUUUAAGAGCUUAAACCCAGAAUAUGAUAAGAGUUUUGACACCGCAAUGAUAAAUCUUUCGAAGAUAUCAGUGAAGAAAAUACUUGAGAAAUACCAUGGAUUCCAAGGUAUUGCCACUUUGGUAGAUGUUGGCGGUGGAUAUGGGGUUACCCUCAACAUCAUCAUCUCCAAAUAUCCUACCAUUAAAGGCAUUAAUUAUGACUUGCCUCAUGUUGUACAGCAAGCCUCAUCUUUCCCAGGCAUUGAGCAUGUAGGAGGAGAUAUGUUCUCAACUGUUCCCAAAGCAGAUACCAUAAUGAUGAAGGAAGUGCUUCACAAUUGGGAUGAUGAGCAUUGCUUAAAGCUCCUAAAAAACUGCUACGAAGCAUUAGAAGAGAAAGGGAAAGUGAUAGUAAUAAGUCAUAUGAUGGUUGAGGAAGCAGAGGCAAGCAAUGGUGCUAAGCUUGUUUGUCAAUUGGAUCUUUAUAUGGGUACGCUAUUUGGUGCAAAACAAAGGACUGCAAAACAGUUCGAGUCUAUGGCCAUGAAUGCUGGGUUUUCAAGCUUUCAACUUAAGUGCCUUGCUUUCGAUGCGAUUGCUGUCAUGGAAUUCUAUAAAUGAUGAAUUAUUAUUAUUAUUAUGGUUUAGGUUUGGAAUUGGAUUGAUUUCCAUGGUGAUCUGAUGUGUGUGUUUAGAUUAAUUAAAUAAGUAAUUAUGGUUUCUUUUUAUAAUGUUAUGAACGGAGUUAUCGAUGACGGGUCAUUAUCAUUUUAAUUAAAUAACUACUUAUGCCA